CAAACCAUGGGGUGGCAGCAGCGGCGGCGGCAGACAAAGCCCUCCUGCCCGACUUUCCGGCUGCGGGAAGUGGCGUCCAUGUAUUUCACGGUGGUCGCGGUAUUCCUGGUCAUCCUGGUGGUCGCCUUGCAGGGCACGGUUCCUGCUGAGAAUUACUUCCCGUACAAAGUGCCGCUGGACCCCCAGGGGGCCUUGGAGCUCUCGUGGAACGUCAGCUACCACCGGGAGGAGGUGCACUUCCAGAUCCUGGCCAAGGAGCUGAAAUACGGGCUCCUGUUCGGCAUGUCGGACCGAGGAGGCUUCGAGAACGCUGAUCUGGCCGUCCUCUGGAGCGACGGACUCCAGUCCUAUUUUGCGGACGCCUGGACCGACCGGGAAGGGCAGCUGCACAUGGACUCCCAACAGGACUACGAGCUCCUCAGAGCCCAGAAAAGCCCCGGGGGCCUCGCUCUGCUCUUCAAAAGGCCCUUUAGCACCUGCGACCCAAAGGACUAUUUCAUAGAGGAUGGCACCGUACAUCUCAUCUAUGGGAUUCUGGCGAAACCAUUCCCUUCCCUCCAAGCCAUCAAUGUUUCUGCGAUCCUCCAGAAAGGACUGCAAAGGGUGCAGCUCCUGAAACCCAAGAUCCACAUCCCUCAGCUGCCUGGGGACCUGAAGACCUUGGAGAUCAGAGCCCCUGAUGUGGAGAUACCCAGCCAAGAGACCACCUACUGGUGCUAUGUCCAGGAGCUUCCAGAAGGCUUUGCAAAGCAUCACAUUGUCAUGUACGAACCGGUUGCCACGGAGGGCAACGAAGCCCUUGUCCACCACAUGGAGGUCUUCCAAUGCGCAGCACAGUUCAAGACCUUCCCGCGUUACAGCGGGCCAUGCGACUCCAAGAUGAAGCCGGAACGGCUCAACUACUGCAGGCAUGUCCUGGCCGCCUGGGCCAUGGGGGCACAGGCCUUUUACUACCCAGAAGAGGCAGGCCUUGCCUUCGGAGGACCGGGCUCCUCCAGAUUCCUGCGCCUGGAGGUUCACUACCACAAUCCCCUGGAGCUCAAAGGACGCCACGACUCCUCCGGGAUCCGCCUCUAUUAUACGGCCUCGCUCCGGCGUUACGACGCCGGCAUCAUGGAGCUGGGCUUGGUCUACACGCCGGUGAUGGCGAUCCCCCCGGGCGAGAGCCAUUUCUACUUGACGGGGUACUGCACCGACAAAUGCUCCCAGCUGGCUUUGCCACCUGACGGGAUCCACAUCUUCGCCUCUCAACUCCACACCCACUUGACCGGGAGGAGCGUGGUGACGGUGCUGUCACGAGGAGGCAAAGAGAGGGGAAUCGUCAACCGCGACAGCCACUACAGCCCUCACUUCCAGGAGAUCCGCAUGUUAAAGGAAGUGGUGUCUGUCUUUCCGGGGGACGUCCUGAGAACAACUUGCAUGUACAACACUGAGGACAGGACUGACGCCACUGUGGGUGGGUUCGGCAUCACGGACGAAAUGUGUGUCAACUACGUCCACUACUACCCCCAGACGGAGUUGGAGCUGUGUAAGAGCGUGGUGGAUCUGGGCUACCUGCACCGCUAUUUCAAGCUUGUGAACAGGUUUAAUGACGAGGAUAUCUGCACAUGCCCAGAGACAUCUGUCACACAGCAGUUUUCCUCUGUUCCAUGGAAUUCUUUCAGCAGAGGUGUCCUGAAAUCCCUGUACGACUUUGCCCCAAUUUCUAUGCAUUGCAACAAGUCCUCCGCUGUCCGUUUUCCGGGCGAAUGGGAGAAGCAGCCGCUGCCGAAGAUCGUGGAGGCGCUGCCGGAGCCGGGCCCGCACUGUGAGGGCCGCCUGGGCCGUCUCCUCGCCGCCUCUCCCACGGUGGUCCAACUUGACAAGGCGGCAGCGACCUAAGAGCCGGCCGGAC